UCCCGCCCAGGUCUCCUGGCUCCGUGACCUCCAUCAUGACACACAGAGCUGACACCCGUGUCUCCUGCCAGCGUGCCGGCCCCCUUCCACUCCGACCAGCGUUGCUGCUGCUUUUUGUAUUCUUGAGCCUGCUGGUUCCCUCUGCCCUUGGGAAACAAGAGGGCUUUGGUGAUGAAGGUAACAAGGUAGAUCGGUACUUGGAGCUGCGCUGCAUAUGUGUGAAGACCGUCUCUGGGAUUCAUCCCAGUAAGAUGCAGUCUUUGGAGGUGAUCCAGCCCGGACCCCACUGUGAGAAGGUCCAAGUGAUAGCCACGCUGAAGGAUGGGAGGAAGGUCUGCCUGGACCCGAAAGUUCUUGCAAACAAGAAAGUGCUGCAAUACCUGCUGCGCGCUCAUGGACCAGCUGUCUAACUUUGCUGGAUUUCUGAUCUUGAGGCUGUCUGUGCCCGUGCUGAUGAGGAGAUUUCACUGGUGAGUGAGCAGCAAUGGCAGAGACUGGCGCAGAACACUUGCUUAGCAAAUGCGUUUCAUGUAUUUAGGCACUUCGGGAUUUUUCAGUGUCUUAGUAGUAGAAUAUCUUGUUUUAAAGAGUUCUCUUAAAAGGUUUGUCUGGUUUUUCUUAAAACUUCACAUAUUAAAACACAAUAAAAGUGUAGAAAUUAA